UACUGGGGCUGAGACUAUGUAACCUGUAUUUUGCAAAGCGAGCGCGUCAUACACAAGAUAGAAGGAAUGAAGAAUACAGGAAAAGAGCAGUCCUGCCCGUCAGCUGUCGCUCGACGCGUGACACGCUCGCGCCCACAAACCUCAGUUAUUGUCGCGCUACCGACUGUGUUGGUCCUCUCGUCUCGGUGUCAUGGAGGACUUCGACCUAGACCUGCCGGCCAAGAAGCGCACGCCGCUGCCUCUCCAGAACACGUACGCCGCUAAGAAGACUAUGGCCCAGGGCAUGAUGGACGUUGCCCUGGUGAUGGCCAAUUCCAACCAGAUGAGAUACGUCCUCGAGUACAGCACGACUACCAAGACCUACUACCUCGUCUUGUUCCUCAUCACCGCCAGCCUUAUCCUACAGAUUGUGGUGGGAAUCUCGUUAAUUUUCAAGGGUAGGUGUGAUCUGGGCGGCGACUCCAAGUUGGAACAAGCGAACCGCAUCAACAACUGGGUUCUCGUUGGAGUGUUCCUGAUCACCAUCAUCAACGUGUUCAUCACCGCCUUCACCAGUACUGCUGCACCACCAGUGACGGGCCAGUAGUGACUACUGACAAUGACUAUGCUACUCAACAUGCCACGCUGUGAUAUUUAUUUUUGUUAUAUUUAACAUAAUGUUCGUGUGUGUCCAUCGGUUUAGAAAUAACUGCGACAAAUAACUAUUGCCAAAGGAAAGUAUUACAGUGUUUUAAUAUUUUAUAAUAUGUAUCUAGAAAUAAAUGUAAGAACAUUCGUAUUUUA